AUGGUGUUGGCGGGCUGGCGUGUGGACAAUGAGCAGCCACAACCACAGCUGCAGACACCUGUGCUGAAGCAGGAACUGAAAGAAGUGGACAGUCUUAAAGACGAAGUGUCAAAGCUCAAGAUAAAACAGCUACAGUUGUUAGUUAAGGACCUUAACGGUAUGGGUCUCAACGAACUAUGGCUGCUUGAACAUCAACUAAUGGAAGGGCUAUUAGCCGUAAAGAACAGAAAGGAGGAAUUGCUGAUACAGCAACUAGAGCAUUCAAGGAGACAGGGUGAGAAGGGCCUGGACUCAGACACACUGCAGUUAGAUGAGCUCCGAGGGUUAUUUCCUAAAGGUGCUAGUUUACCACCAUUUGUAAUGAUGCAUCCAGUUUUAAAAGAGGGUGAGAAGGGUCUGGACUCAGACGCAGCAUGUGAAGUGGCUGAGUACAUCGCAUGUGUUGUCACACCUAAAAGCUCCAAGUUAGAAGCACGUCGAAAGCGAAAGGAACCUGAGAUGGGAUGUGAUUCAAGCAAUUCAGAGAAUCAAGUUGGCUCAAAGUGA